AUGGAGGGAAUUGCUGGAGGCCAUGGACCCGCCUGGUGGACCCAGCCCGAGCACUUCCGCAGACCGCUGGUCUUCUACAUGGACGCAGAGCUGGAGGAGCGCCUGUUUGGCGGCAGGGACAGCGACCUUCGGCGCCUGGAGGAGCACAGCCACACGCUGAUCCAGUUGGAGGCCUGGGCCACGGCGGAUGGCCACACCCGCGUGACCGUGGUGGGGCCCCUGGGGGCGCAGCGCUGGCUGCAGGAGCUGGUGCGCAGCCUGGGCAGCCGGGAGCCAGGCAGCCUGGCCCGGGGCCUCCUGAUGCUGCAGCGUGUGCGCAGCCGCCCGCUGAGCUUGGCAGAUCUGGAUGCGGCAGGACGCGGGGAGCCACCACCAGGGGACCUGGCCCGGGCAGCCUGA